AGGGUAAAACUGAACUGUCAAAUAACGAUGAUCCUGGAGAAUUUAAUCAAAAUGAGUAACAAUUUUUGUUGUUUAGGUAUUGUGGGUUUGGCAAUUUUUGCCAAUAAAAUUUAAUAUAUUGUGCACAAACCGGUGAAAAGUGAUGAAUGAUGUGAUAGUUAUUUAACGUAUGUAGAAGGUAUUAUGAACUUUGUACAAAGGCCAAAGAAAUAAAAGCUGACAAUAAUGGUUGGCAUGUGAUUCAGAUUAUCGAUCGGUUUGGGUUGUCUAACGAGAAGAGAAUUCACCUCCGAAGAAAUAUUACCUUUACAUACCAGACGACUCAUUGCGUAUUCUGCUAGCAGCAUUUAAUCGUAUUAAAAUGCCGAGCACGUUACUGUUUGCAAAUAGUAAUGAAGGACGAGUAUAUGCUUUAUCCACAAAUGGAUCUGCCUGGCGUGAGUUUCUCUAUCUGGGCCUGGAGUUCAAGCGAAUAUCUGUGGUUCCGCACUUCAUGUGGGCCAUCGGAGGUGAUCGUCAGGUUUAUGUGCAUGUACAUGGUCUCGACAUUCCAAUCCGUGUUAAAGAGGAAGCAUACGAGAAUGAGCGAUGGUUACCCAUCGAAGGGUUUUCCAGUAGAUUGCUACCAACGGAUAGGUAUCAUUUUUCCAACGUCGACGGCACUGUGGAUAGGAAUAUUGACAAGAUUCGUCUUCCUUCAAUGGCUUGGCAGUGGGAUGGCGAGUGGCAGCUUGACCUUACACUGGACGGUCAACCACUGGAUCAUGACGGUUGGACAUAUGCCGUUGACUUUCCGGCUACUUAUCACCCGCAAAAAAAUUGGAAGUCUUGUGUGAGACGUCGUAAAUGGGUCCGUUUUCGAAGAUAUUGCGCAUUGAAUUCGUGGUGUGCGGUAGCUCCCUUACAUAAAGACCCAACGCAGGAACCAUUUAUUGACGUUGCGAUUAAUGGCAGCAAUGUGCCGGGUGCAGCUCCUGGAUUGCUACUCGUUUGGGCAGUUACCGCCCACGGGCGGAUUAUGUUUCGUUCUGGCGUAAGUACAACCUCUCCGGAAGGUCUUCGUUGGACUUUGAUUAACACUCCGUCUGGUUGUGAGGUGUCUCAAAUUGCUGUUGGUCCGACUGGGCUGGUUUGGGCUUCGCUUUAUAAUGGAAGAGCCAUUGUUCGUGCCGGUGUCACUCGGGAUGCUCUCAUGGGAACAACCUGGUUAGAAGUGAAACCCCCGGGAACCAAUCUGAAGAUUACUCAAGUUUCGGUAGGAACUAACUCGGUUUGGUGCGUUACCAAUGACAACCAUGUUUGGUUUCGACGGGGAGUUCAUGGCGAAGCAUCCGGUAUUAGUGAGGAUGCCGCGAUAGGAAGCGGUUGGGUUGAAAUGGUUGGAAAUAUUUCCUACAUUUCGGUGACACCGAACGAUCAGGUAUUUGCUGUGGGAUCGGAAGAUCGUGCACUUUAUUUCCGCUCUGGAGUAUCCAAUUCGGACCUCACCGGGAAAAAGUGGCGACUGAUUCAAUUGCCGUUGCAGAUGAGUCGAACUUCUAGCAACUUUUCGCUGUGUAGCAAACGAAGUGGAAGCAAUUCUCCAUCGACCAAGCACCGAAGUUUGAAUAGUUUGUACCGGGAAAAGCUACAGCAAGAGAACAUGUCGUUACUUGAAAAUCACGAUGAAACUUCUCGGUCCGCUCCGACCGCCAACCCUAAGAAUAGGCCAGAGUUAUGGCAUAAGCCAGAUAUUUCUCCGGAUGCGAUAGCCGGCGGGAAAAUAGAAUCGCAGCACGUGGGCAGUUUGGUGGAGAAAAAGGUAACAAGAAAUCUUUCGAGUGAAACCGUCGUCGCUUCCAGUGCACCGUUGAACGAAGUAUACGAGAUUUCCGGGAAGCAGUUGAAAAAUUCGCGUGCCUGGAGUCCUGUCAGAAGUGUCGGCUCAGUAGUUGGUACGGAGGCACACCCAGAAUCCGACUCCAGUGUGUUCGAAGGGGAAAGUUCUCGGGACUCCGGUGUAUUCGGUGAAUACGAAGAUCAUGGCGGUUCGCAGAACUGGGCAGAGUAUGAAGUUUUGUGGGUAGGAUGUGCCGCAGGAGCAGUCACAGUUGACCCUAACCAACUCCCGAAUUGGUUCAACGAUAGUUUCGGUAAUGCUUCCCAGGAAGAGCUGACACAACCGUGGCGUUUGAAAAUUUUAGAUGAUCUAAAGCUACGACCUCCUGGACCGUUGGAGUGCAGUGAGUUUGCGACCUACGAAAAAGCGAUUGAACUUUCAUCUUGGGUGAAAUCCGGUGAAGCCCGUGCUGCUAAAUCGGGUCAUCCGUUUGAAGAUUGUCUAAUCGAGCUGGAAUGGGUCAAUAACCAGGGCUCUGGGCCCGAUUCCGGAACGCUUACGAUCUUGAAUCCGGACGGAAUAACUACUAAGAUGCAGUUUUCACUUUCGGAAAUUACCAGUAUUAUGUGCUGCAGUGAACCUGGCUCACCAAGGCUAGCCAUUCAUGCCCCUAGGCUGCCGCCGGGAUCAUCUCCGAUAAAAGUUCAAUUUAGUGGCGAUACGGAUCUGGAGGACUGGAUAUCCCACCUAACAUCUGUUUGCUGUCAAAUCAACGAAGUACACGGCAAACCAUCGCCGCGGUCGGUUUGGAUUACCUCGAACAUGGGUGACGUGUUUGUGUUCGACCCAACUAAUCUGGAGGCCGCUCAGUGGCGUUCGGAGUCGAACGUCUUCCAGCAAACUAUUGACGUUUCGGCAGCUGAAACGCCUUAUCUGACAUCGUUGUACAAUGGGAUGGUUGUCGGAUCUCGACUGGUGAUAUCUGGUUUCGUCUACGAUGACGCCGAUCAAAUCCGGUUCGAUUUACAGAGUCAUCCAACGGUGCGGCUGCGGCAUAAGAUGGAAUCACAACGGAAUAUUCCAAUGCACAUCAAUCCACGUUUCAAUGAAAAAAUUAUUGUGUUUAAUUCGAUGGAGGCUUCCCAUUGGAACGAAGACGAGAAGCGUGAAAGCAGGAUGCUGUUUUCACCGGGAGCGGAAUUUUCGUUGGAAAUAAGAAGUGAACGCGACGGCUUUCUAGUUAAUGUCAAUGGGGAAGCAUACCCCAAAUUCCGAUACCGUUCCGGAUUGACCCCGGACGCGAUCUACAGUUUGUACAGCAGUGGACGGGUUAAGAUAUUCAGCAUCAUGUACGAAAGUCCCAAGCUGAUCCUUCCGUUGAGGGAUGUCUUCUGGCGUCAAAUUGGUGGUCACUUACGCCGGGUUCAGACCUGUAAGGCGGGCGUCGUGUGGGGAAUCGGCUACGAUAACACGGCAUGGGUUUACACCGGUGGGUGGGGUGGAGCAUUUCUCAAAGGGUUGGAAACCAAUAAUCAGGGUAUCAACCCAAUGACGGAUACGCAUAACUACUACAUCUACGAGAACCAACGGUGGAAUCCGCUGUCCGGAUUUUCGACAACGGGAUUGCCAACCGAUCGGCACAUGUGGAGCGAUAUUACCGGGAAACACAAACGCAGCAAGGAGCAUACAAAGCUAUUGUCGAUGCACUGGCAGUGGGUCAGUGAUUGGUUGGUGGACUUCCACAAUCCGGGUGGCGUUGAUCGCGAUGGGUGGCAAUAUGCGGUCGAUUUCCCGGCUAGCUAUCAUGCUAAGAAACAAUUUACGGACUACGUUCGUCGGAGGCGGUGGUACAGAAAGUGUAGACUGACGACAACCGGGCCAUGGUUGGAGGUAGGAAAUGCAAAAAUAAUUGACGUUUCGCUACAGCCUGACAGCGACGAAGUAGAUUGCAGUAUUACCGUGUGGGCUGUGGCUGCCAAUGGCGAUGUACUCUAUCGACGGGGUGUUAGUUUGUCACAACCGGCGGGUGCCGGUUGGGAACACGUGACCUGUGAUCAACCUUUAGUUAGUGUAAGUUGCUACAAGAACAAGGUUUGGGCAAUCGGCAAGAAUGGGUCUUCUUAUUGGCGCUGUGGAAUUUCUAGUGAUAAUCCGCUGGGUAGCAAGUGGCAACCAAUAGAACCUCCCGGUGGUGUCAUUUUCAAACAAAUCUCUGUCGGCAAAGCCGGCAUUUGGACUUUGGACACAGCAGGACGCUUAUCAGUGCGGAAGGAGAUUACCGCUACCUUUCCCGAGGGAAGUCACUGGCAGCUGUUACCAAACAUCCAAAACGAUCCUCCCCACUAUGAGGGUAACGUUGGCUUCAAAAACGUUUCUGUUGGGGAACACGUUUUUGCCGUUUCGCAAUCGGGGUACGUUUGCAAAAGAAGCGGUGUCGGUGCGGAAAAUCCUGCCGGAACCGGCUGGACUCUUGGCAUACAGGGUAACUGGCAUUAUGUGAACGUGAAUGGGUUUUACAAUUAGAAAAAAAAGUCAUUCAGCCCAAAUCUAUGUGUUACAAGUCUACUGGAUAUGGCAUACUACGAUUACAACUAUUUAACAUCGAUGCAGUAUUUGAACAAAUAUUCAUAAAGCAUGCUUCAAAUGUUCGUCUACAAAUUAAAAAUCAAUCACAGAAUGUUUAACCUAAAAACUCAAUGAAGAUUGCAUUUUGUUUUGUCUUCAUCAUCUGGCAUUCUGUUCUCUAUUUGAUUAAUUUUAAACCAAAAAGAAACCAUUUUAGAAUUUAUUUUAUCUAGUAGUUAAUUAAUGAGAGAACCCAAUCUCGGCGUAAAUUAUAGUUAGUUUUGCGAGUCAAAACAUUCAUUUAAAAAAAAAAUGUGAUCAAAUAUUCCUAGUUUUCAGUUGUUAGACUUCUCGUGAUGGUUUAAUAAAAUAAAACCAAA